GAUCGAUGCUUCCUCCACGCCCCGAGAGCCGCCAUCUUGGGGGGAGGAGAAACACCAGCUGGCGGCCGACGCUCAACGGGAUGCCGCCUGGGUUUGGCUGCUCUUUCCAGCACGGUGGGGCCAGAGUAGAAGGAUCCACCUGGGCCCUUCCUCUGGCCGCCUCUCCGGAAUGAGGUCUCGGCCCCCGCGCGGGACGACCCCCUCUUCUCCUGCGGGACUCAGAGAGCUUAACCAGAGGCCGAAGCCGAGACGAUGCCUGGGAAGCUGAAGGUGAAAAUCGUGGCCGGGCGCCAUUUGCCUGUGAUGGACCGUGCUAGUGACCUGACUGAUGCCUUCGUGGAGGUAAAAUUUGGUAAUACUACCUUUAAAACAGAUGUGUACCUCAAGUCGCUCAACCCUCAGUGGAACUCGGAAUGGUUUAAGUUUGAGGUGGACGAUGAAGACUUGCAAGAUGAACCUCUGCAGAUCACCGUUCUUGACCAUGAUACUUACAGUGCAAAUGAUGCCAUUGGUAAAGUGUACAUUGACAUUGAUCCUCUACUGUACAGUGAAGCUGCAACAGUCAUCUCAGGGUGGUUUCCAAUUUAUGACACCAUACAUGGUAUCCGUGGGGAAAUCAAUGUAGUAGUCAAAGUAGACCUCUUCAAUGAUUUAAAUCGGUUUAGGCAGUCAUCGUGUGGAGUCAAAUUCUUUUGCACAACAUCUAUUCCAAAGUGCUAUAGAGCUGUGAUAAUUCAUGGAUUUGUAGAAGAACUUGUGGUUAAUGAAGACCCAGAAUAUCAAUGGAUUGAUCGAAUUCGCACACCGAGGGCAUCAAAUGAGGCCAGACAGAGACUCAUUUCUUUAAUGUCAGGUGAACUGCAGAGAAAGAUUGGCUUGAAAGUCCUUGAAAUGAGAGGCAAUGCAGUUGUUGGGUACUUACAGUGUUUUGAUCUGGAGGGCGAGUCUGGGUUAGUGGUACGAGCCAUAGGAACAGCGUGUACUCUGGAUAAAUUAAGUAGCCCAGCAGCAUUCCUUCCUGCAUGUAAUUCCCCAUCUAAAGAUAUGAAGGAGAUUCCCUUCAAUGAAGAUCCCAAUCCCAAUACUCACUCAUCAGGACCCUCAACCCCUCUGAAAAACCAAACUUAUUCCUUUUCACCUUCCAAGUCCUACAGUCGACAGUCCUCUUCUUCUGACACAGAUUUGAGUUUGACACCCAAAACUGGCAUGGGAAGUGGGAGUGCUGGAAAAGAAGGGGGGCCAUUUAAAGCUCUUUUAAGACAACAGACUCAGUCAGCAUUGGAACAGAGGGAAUUUCCGUUCUUCACCUUGACGGCGUUUCCUCCUGGAUUUCUUGUGCAUGUUGGGGGUGUUGUUAGUGCACGUUCUGUGAAGCUUUUGGAUCGUAUCCACAAUCCCGAUGAACCAGAAACUCGAGAUGCAUGGUGGGCAGAAAUCAGACAAGAAAUAAAAUCACAUGCUAAAGCAUUAGGCUGUCACGCUGUAGUGGGCUACAGUGAAUCAACUAGCAUCUGUGAAGAGGUCUGCAUUUUAUCUGCAUCCGGCACAGCAGCUGUACUGAACCCUAGAUUCCUGCAGGAUGGCACCGUGGAGGGCUGUUUGGAGCAGAGGCUUGAAGAAAACUUGCCUCCCGGCUGUGGGUUUUGCCACAUACCAUACGAUGAACUGAAUAUGCCAUUUCCAGCUCAUCUCACAUAUUGCUAUAACUGUAGGAAACAAAAAGUUCCUGACGUUCUCUUUACAACUGUCGACCUCCCAUCAGAUGCAACAGUUAUUGGGAAAGGUUGUCUUAUUCAAGCAAGGUUAUGCCGCUUAAAAAAGAAAGCACAGGCAGAAGCCAAUGCCACAGCUAUCAGUAACCUCCUGCCGUUCAUGGAAUAUGAAGUGCAUACUCAGCUCAUGAAUAAACUGAAACUCAAAGGAAUGAACGCCUUGUUUGGACUAAGAAUUCAGAUUACAGUGGGCGAAAAUAUGUUGAUGGGCUUAGCGUCUGCCACAGGUGUGUAUCUAGCAGCCUUACCAACUCCUGGUGGUAUCCAGAUUGCCGGGAAGACUCCUAAUGACGGCUCCUAUGAACAGCAUAUUUCCCACAUGCAGAAGAAGAUAAACGACACAAUUGCUAAGAACAAAGAGUUAUAUGAAAUCAUCCCUCCAGAAAUAUCUGAAGAGAUUAUAGGAUCACCUAUCCCAGAACCUAGACAGCGUUCAAGACUUUUGAGAUCUCAGUCAGAAAGUUCUGAUGAAGUUACAGAAUUAGACCUUUCACACGGGAAAAAAGACGCUUUUGUUUUGGAGAUUGAUGACACAGAUGCCAUGGAAGAUGUACAUUCUCUACUCACUGACGUGCCUCCCCCUUCAGGCUUUUAUAGUUGCAAUACAGAAAUUAUGCCUGGUAUAAAUAAUUGGACAUCUGAAAUACAGAUGUUCACUUCAGUAAGAGUAAUCAGAUUAAGCAGCCUUAACCUGACUAAUCAAGCUCUCAAUAAGAACUUUAAUGAUCUCUGUGAAAAUUUGCUCAAGAGCUUGUAUUUUAAACUACGAUCUAUGAUCCCCUGCUGCCUUUGCCAUGUAAAUUUUACAGUCUCUCUGCCUGAAGAUGAAUUGAUCCAGGUGACAGUCACAGCAGUUGCAAUAACUUUUGACAAAAAUCAGGCUUUACAGACCACAAAAACACUUGUUGAAAAGUCAUUGCAAAGAGCCUCUACAGAUAAUGAAGAACUUCUGCAGUUUCCGCUGGAACUCUGUUCAGAUUCACUUCCUUCUCACCCUUUUCCACCAGCUAAAGAACACCUGGAGAGUGCAAGUUCUAACUCAGGUAUACCAGCUGCACAGAGAGCAACGUCAGUUGAUUACAGUUCCUUUGCAGACAGAUGCAGCAGCUGGAUAGAGCUCAUUAAACUGAAAGCUCAGACCAUAAGGCGCGGAUCAAUUAAGACAAAUGGAAGGAAAUCACCAGCUCUCUUAUUGAAGAGACAUUCUUCCAGGACCCAAGCUGUGACAGUUGAAAAAGCAAGUCCGAUGGGUGAAGGCAAUUUCCGGAAUCGCUCUGCCCCACCUUGUGCCAGUGCCACAGUGGGAGUUGUUAAGAUGACACCUCUUUCUUUCAUUCCUGGAGCAAAAAUAACAAAAUAUCUUGGGAUUAUCAACAUGUUUUUUAUUCGGGAAACCACUUCUCUCCGUGAGGAAGGAGGCGUCAGUGGUUUUCUCCAUGCUUUCAUUGCUGAAGUGUUUGCAAUGGUGAGGGCGCACGUGGCUGCGCUAGGAGGGAAUGCUGUUGUCUCCUACAUCAUGAAGCAGUGUGUCUUCAUGGAGAAUCCAAACAAAAACCAGGCACAGUGUCUUAUAAACGUAAGUGGUGAUGCGGUGGUCUUUGUUCGUGAAUCUGACUUAGAAGUGGUAUCAACUCAGCAGCCUACUGCCAACUUGCAGCCAUCAUGUACUGAAGGAGAAGUGACAACCUAAAGACAAUUAGAAAGAGCUCAACCAAACGAGAUUCAUCUGUUUCCAUUGUUUUGUCAUUAAUUACCUUUGUAGACUUAACAUUGAACUUAAUUUAAGAUAAUUAAGAAUCGAGUAGAUUUGAUGUGUCUGGAGUCUCUUGGAGGCCUGAGAAUCCUCUAAUCUUGACACUUGACACUUGGUUUGCCUUGUCCAGAGAGACAGACCCUUGGAAUCUUAACCCUUCAGUAAGUUGAGAUAAAUACCUAAGAGAACUAUAGCAAAGAUGGAAGCUGUUUAUAAUUUAUGUUGAUUUUAAUAAAAUCAUAAAGAUGAAAUGGGAAGAUUAUCAGGAAAGUAGGAUAGCUACCCUAGCUUAAUUUAUAAAAACUAAGCAGGAAAUUCACAAGUUGUUAAUUAGUAAGCAGCCUGAUUUGAGAAAUGUAUAGGGAAAAUGGAGAAACAUUUUUAGAAAAUUACUGUGUGGGUUUCUUAAUGUGUUUUAUUUUGAUGGGGAAUUCAGUAACAACUGGAAGGGAAAAGUGCUUCAGCCGUCAUUUGAAAAGAAGUUACAAUUCUGCAACUCUCAUGCAUACUACAUGCAAGUACAUAAAAGAAAAAGGGAUUUAUCAUAGCCGGUGUCCUUUGAUUGAAAGUUUUAAGAUCUCUAAGGAGGGAGGAAAAAAAUUAAACAGGCUACAUUUGAGUUAGUAUUGAAUUUGUCUAGAAGAGGGUUGGCUUCAACUGGAAAGAAAAUGUCAGUGAACUGUGUUGAAAUAGUAAAAAUACAACUGAUCUGGUAGGAACAAAAAAUUAUUUUUUCAUAAAAUUACACUACUAAGUAAACAGAAUUUUAGUAAUCUUAGGGAUUUUUGAUGGUGACUUAGACUGUAUUUGGCAUAGAGUUUGAAAAUGUAACUUGAAUGUAAAUAUGCUGCAAAAUGUUGAAUGUAUACAUGGAAAUGCUCUUUCUGUCAAUGCCAAAUGCCCAUUGUAAAUGAACCUUCCAUACUAUCUUCCUCCGGCACAGUACAGUUUCUUUAUAAAACUCAUGAUUUUGUUCUCCCAGGACAACAGACUGCCCUCAAGAUUAAAAAUCAUUUUCUUGUUACAUACAGGUGUCAAUAUUUUUCUGUAUUUUGUUUAUAAUUUUAUUUUUUAAAUAAAAAGUUUAUAAA